CUGACUCUGUUUUGUUUCGGGCUUGGCGUGUAUGGGGGCCGUUCUGGUCAGAGAGAAUCAGAAAAGCGAGAGAAAUUUGUUAGUGUCUCAAUUCCCUUCAUUAGUCAGUGUUGUUUAGGAUGUCAUUGCUAACAGUGGAUGCCUUCUCUAGGGUUGUGGCUCGAAUCUGUGAGGUUAGUUUUCUUUGGCCAACUGAAUUGGAUUAAGCUAGGUUGUUUUCUCUCACUGCUCUGGAAAAUAGCAGUCACCUCCUCCCCUGGCUCCGCCCCCAAACUGAGUUUAAAAGUUUACCGAGGGUGCUGAAGUUAAACGGCUUUUUCUUGGUUCGUAUUUGGUGGAGAGGCUAAACUUUUUGCCAAAGCAGUAGUUUCAUUCUUUGUUGUUUUUCUUUUGAGACAGAGCCUCUUACCAAGACUGGCCUUGAACUUACUGUGUAACCCAGUCUGGCCUUGAGUUUGGAAUGCUUCUCUUGACUCAGCCUCCGAGUGCUGAAAUUACAGGCGUGAACACCACACCUAACUUCCAAAGUAGUCACUAAAAUUUCAGUUUCCCGUCAUUUUUCUUUCUCUCCUCUCUCUUCCCCUACUAACAAAAGUGGGUGUAGAUGCUGGAGCAUAAAUACCUGCUGUCAGCUUGUUUUUGUUUAUAUUAUAGUUAGGUUCUAGGAUUUAACUUGAGCACUGGAUAAUCUCACCAUUUCUUGUCACUUUCUUAUUAAACGUUUAGUAAUUAUUUAUAGUACUCUCUCAACUCCAAGUAACAGAUACUUAAAAAAAACAAAAACAAAAACAACAAGCCCAGAAACUUGUUUACCAUUCAGUAAGUUCGUGGAGCUUGGAGAGUGGUUUAUAAAACUCCUCUACUUUUGUUCUUUUCUUUUUCCUUUGUUGUUUGAGUCAGGAUCUCUCAUAUAGCCCAAGUAGUUACCAAACUCUUUGUGGCUGAGGAUGACCUUGAACUCCGGAUUUUGCUCUCACUUAUCAAGUGCUAGGAUUUGUAGGCAUGAAUUUGGCUGGGCUCUAGUAUUUUUGAGUCCCUUAGUCCUUUUUGGUGCUUUGAGAGCAUGUCACAAUCCUUCCUUUGGUGCCUAGGAAAAGUUCCUGUAGUGGAACUUUUUCCUCCUUAUAUUCUAUCAUCAUAGUAGCAGUUAGUCUCAGUAUUCUAGGCAGUAUUUUCUUGAAAUGAUUCUGCUGGUUGUUAAAGAAUUGGUGAGGAUGAGUGGAGUUGAAGAUUGUAAAAGAACCUGCUUCCUGUUUGCUUCAGUAGGAGAAAACAUGAAGGAAUUAAAGGAACCCAGGCAACGCAAAGAUAAUAGGCGUCCAGAUUUGGAAAUCUAUAAACCUGGACUUUCUCGACUAAGGAACAGACCUAAAACUAAGGAGGCUUCUGGGAGUGAGGAAUUUAAGGAUGAGAUUGUGAAUGACGAAGAUUCUUCUGUUGGGAAUGAUAAGCAGCUUAUUAAAGUUUGCAAGGAAUUGGACAGCCAACAGCAAAAUGGUCCUACAGAUCCAGAAAAUCGUCAGGCACAGGAGACUUUCUCAAAGACUGGUGGACUAGAGGACCGGAAUCUAAGAAUCAUCAAGAGAAUAAAAAAACCUGACCUUCAGAUCUAUCAGCCUGGAAGGCGUUUGCAACCUGUAACCAAAGAGUCAGCUAACAGGGUAGAUGAGGAAGAAAUCCUUAACCAAGUGGAACAAUUGAGGAUUGAGGAGGAUGAGUGUAAGGGAAAAGUUGUAAAAUCAGAAGUCGAGAAUAAACCAGACAAAACUGAGACAGAAAAGAACCAAGCUAAUGACCGAGUAAGAACUACCAAGGGAGAAAAAGGAAAAAAGAUUGAAAAGGGGGAGGGGACAAAGAAGGUGAAUGAUGACUCUGCCCAAGGGAAACCAGGUUCUGUAAAGCGUUAUUCCCGAUCAGACAAACGAAGGAAUCGCUACCGCACUUGCAGUACCAGCUCAGCUGGUAGCAACAACAGUGCCGAAGGAGCUGGCCUGACUGAUAAUGGCUGUCGCCGGCGGCGCUUGGAUCGGACCAAGGAGAGGCCACGACUGAAGAAGCAGGUGUCUAUGUCCUCAACCGAUUCCUUAGAUGAGGAUAGAACUGAUGAGCCCGAUGCAUUAGGACCUAGGAGGAACUCAGAAAGGAAGAGGCAUUUAGAAAGAAAUUGGUCUGGCCGAGGUGAGGGUGAACAGAAAAGCAAUGGCAAAGAAAACCGAGGCGCCCUUCGAGUCACUUUUGAUGCAGAAACCAUGAAUAAAGAUUCCCCCAUGGUGAGGUUAGCCAGGGAGAAUGUGGAAAGAAUACAGUCUGACAAAGGCCUGAGCAGUGGGGGCAAGGGCUCUGAGAAGCAGGAGUUCAAAAACUCAAAACAAGAACUUCGGGGUCGUGGUAGAGGCAUUCUGAUUCUGCCUGCUCAUACUGCCCUAUCUGUCAGUUCAGCGGGUUCUCCAGAGUCUACACCUUUGGGACCCCGGCUUUUAUUUGGAUCUGGUAGUAAAGGAUCUCGUAGUUGGGGCCGUGGAGGCACUACCCGCCGACUAUGGGACCCAAACAAUCCUGAUCAGAAGCCUGCUCUGAAAAGCCAGACACCUCAGCUACAUUUCUUGGACACUGAUGAUGAAAUCAGCCCUACAUCUUGGGGUGAUUCACGUCAGACCCAAGCUUCUUACUAUAAAUUUCAAAACUCUGACAACCCCUAUUAUUACCCUCGGACACCGGGCCCUACCUCUCAGUAUCCCUAUACAGGCUAUAGCCCUCUACAGUACCCAGUGGGUCCUACAAAUGGUAUGUAUCCAGGGCCUUACUACCCAGGCUAUCCUGCCCCCUCAGGGCAGUAUGUAUGUAGUCCUCUCCCUGCCAGCACCAUGAGUCCUGAGGAGAUAGAGCAACACGUGCGGAACAUGCAGCAACAGGAGCUACAUAGGCUUCUCCGAGUGGCUGACAACCAGGAAUUGCAGCUUAGCAACUUGCUCUCCAGGGACCGCAUCAGUACUGAGGGCAUGGAGAAGAUGGCUCAGCUCAGAACUGAACUACUGCAGCUGUAUGAGCGCUGUAUUCUAUUAGAUAUUGAAUUCUCUGACAAUCAGAAUGUAGAUCAGAUCCUGUGGAAGAAUGCUUUCUAUCAGGUGAUUGAGAAAUUCAGGCAGCUUCUCAAGGAUCCAAAUAUUGAGAACUCAGACCAGAUUCGGAACAGACUCUUGGAGCUCUUGGAUGAGGGUAGUGACUUCUUUGAUAGUUUGCUUCAGAAACUACAGGUUACUUAUAAGUUCAAACUGGAGGACUACAUGGACGGGCUUGCCAUUCGAAGCAAGCCUUUACGAAAGACAGUAAAAUAUGCUUUGAUCAGUGCUCAACGCUGUAUGAUUUGCCAAGGAGAUAUCUCUAGGUAUCGGGAGCAAGCCAAUGAUACAGCUAACUAUGGGAAGGCACGCAGUUGGUACCUGAAGGCCCAGCAUAUUGCUCCCAAGAAUGGGCGCCCCUAUAACCAGUUGGCUUUACUAGCAGUGUAUACGAGGAGGAAGCUUGAUGCUGUAUAUUAUUAUAUGCGCAGUUUAGCAGCCAGCAACCCUAUCCUGACUGCCAAAGAGAGUCUCAUGAGUUUAUUUGAAGAGACUAAACGAAAGGCUGAACAGAUGGAAAAGAAGCAGCAUGAGGAAUUUGAACUGAGUCCUGAUCAGUGGCGUAAAGGAAAGAAGUCUACUUUCCGGCAUGUUGGGGAUGACACUACUCGCCUGGAGAUCUGGAUUCAUCCAUCCCAUUCUCGGUCCUCCCAGGGCACUGAGUCUGGGAAGGAUUCUGAGCAGGAGAAUGGUUUGGGCGCCCUGAGUCCCAGUGAUCUGAACAAAAGGUUCAUCCUCAGUUUUCUCCAUGCCCAUGGGAAGCUGUUUACCCGGAUUGGGAUGGAGACAUUCCCUGCAGUGGCUGAGAAAGUCCUUAAGGAGUUCCAAGUGUUGCUGCAACAUAGCCCAUCUCCUAUUGGAAGUACCCGUAUGUUGCAGCUUAUGACCAUCAACAUGUUUGCUGUACAUAACUCCCAAUUGAAAGACUGCUUCUCAGAAGAGUGUCGCUCUGUGAUCCAGGAACAAGCUACAUCCUUGGGCUUGGCUAUGUUUUCUCUACUGGUGCAGCGCUGCACAUGCUUACUUAAGGACUCUGCCAAAGCUCAGCUGUCCUCUCCUGAGGACCAAGAUGACCAAGAUGACAUCAAGGUGUCUUCCUUCGUCCCAGACCUGAAGGAGCUGCUCCCCAGUGUCAAAGUCUGGUCAGAUUGGAUGCUUGGUUACCCAGACACCUGGAAUCCUCCACCCACAUCUUUGGAUCUGCCCUUGCAGGUGGCUGUGGAUGUGUGGUCAACACUGGCUGACUUCUGUAACAUACUGACUGCAGUGAAUCAGUCUGAGGUGCCACUGUACAAGGACCCGGAUGACGACCUCACCCUUCUUACCCUGGAAGAGGAUCGGCUCCUCUCUGGCUUUGUCCCCUUGCUGGCUGCCCCUCAGGACCCCUGCUACGUGGAGAAAACCUCGGAUAAGGUUAUUGCAGCUGACUGCAAAAGGGUCACAGUGCUGAAGUAUUUUCUGGAAGCCCUUUGUGGACAAGAAGAGCCUCUGCUGGCAUUCAAGGGUGGAAAAUAUGUGUCAGUGGCACCCGUCCCAGACACCAUGGGAAAGGAAAUGGGAAGCCAAGAGGGAAAACAACUGGAAGAUGAGGAAGAAGAUGUGGUAAUUGAAGACUUUGAGGAAGAUUCAGAGGCUGAAGGCAGUGGGGGCGAGGAUGAUAUCAGGGAACUUCGGGCCAAGAAGCUGGCACUAGCGAGGAAGAUAGCUGAGCAACAGCGACGCCAGGAAAAGAUCCAGGCUGUUUUGGAAGAUCAGAGUCAGAUGAGGCAGAUGGAGCUGGAGAUCAGACCCUUGUUCCUCGUACCAGAUACCAACGGCUUCAUUGACCACCUGGCCAGUCUGGCUCGACUGCUGGAGAGCAGGAAGUACAUCCUGGUGGUGCCCCUCAUUGUGAUCAAUGAGCUCGAUGGCCUUGCCAAAGGGCAGGAGACAGACCACCGGGCUGGGGGCUAUGCCCGUGUGGUACAAGAAAAGGCCCGGAAAUCCAUCGAGUUCCUCGAACGGAGAUUUGAGAGUCGGGACUCUUGCCUGCGGGCCUUGACUAGCCGUGGCAAUGAACUUGAAUCCAUCGCCUUCCGCAGUGAGGACAUCACUGGACAACUGGGUAACAACGAUGACUUGAUCCUCUCCUGCUGCCUGCACUACUGCAAAGACAAGGCUAAGGAUUACAUGCCCACUAGCAAAGAGGAACCGAUCCGCCUGCUACGGGAGGUGGUGCUGCUGACUGAUGACCGGAACCUGCGGGUGAAGGCACUGACAAGGAAUGUGCCUGUGAGGGACAUCCCAGCCUUCCUUACGUGGGCCCAGGUGGGCUGAGGGGGCCACACUGGGGCCCACCCCCAUGGAACCAUUCCUGAGAGGCCACCAGGCGUACAGUGUAGCACGGAAGAUGUCCACGUGCCUGAGCCACCAGUCCACCCAGACAAUAAACCAUCCUCUUCCAACCUCA